UAUUCUUCUUUGAAAUGAAAGGAUCUGAAAUUUAUUUGUGUGUAUUUGUUUGCUAGGAAAUGCAUUAUUUACGUUAAAAGAUUGUUUUUUAAAAUUAAAUUCUCGUGUGAUGCAGUUAGCGUCUUAAAAUACAGAAAUGGAACCGGAUGAAAAAUGGUAUUUCACCAAAGAGCAACUGGCCAAUACUCCUAGUCGAAAGUGUGGCUAUGAUGCAGAUAGGGAACUCUCAUGUAGGCAACAAGCUGCCAAUUUCAUUCAAGACAUGGGUCAACGAUUGCAAGUUACCCAGCUAUGUAUCAACACCGCAAUUGUUUACAUGCAUCGGUUUUACGUAUUCCACUCCUUCACGCAGUUCCACUGCAAUGCUAUUGCAGCAGCGGCUCUGUUCUUGGCAGCUAAGGUGGAGGAACAGCCUCGUAAACUGGAACAUGUUAUCAAGGUUGCUCAAAUGUGUUUGCACCGGGAACUCCCUACCCUGGAUACUAAGUCAGAGCAUUAUAUGGAACAAGCUCAAGAUCUAGUGAUGAAUGAUAAUGUACUUCUUCAAACUCUGGGGUUCGAUGUGGCUAUCGACCAUCCUCACACCCACGUGGUACGCUGUUGCCAUCUGGUUAAAGCUAGUAAAGAUCUUGCUCAAACGUCGUACUUCAUGGCUUCUAAUAGCUUACAUUUGACAACAAUGUGCCUCCAGUACAAACCAACGGUUGUUGCUUGUUUCUGUAUUCAUCUUGCCUGCAAAUGGUCCAACUGGGAGAUCCCAUUGAGUAAUGAGAGCAAAAGUUGGUUUUGGUAUGUACACAUCGUGUAUUUGGAUCGUAGUGUCACUCAAGAACUCCUAGAGCAAUUGACGGACGAAUUUCUUCGUAUAUUUGACAAGUGUCCUUCUCGGCUGAAACGGAAAAUCUCUGCCAACCAGAAUAUGACUGGAUACCAUAUGGGCGUGAAUGAACUGAACCAAAAGAGACCGGUGCCGCUGCCAGGAAGUGCCGGGGACAGUCAGCAUGGUGUCAGCUUCCAGCAGCCAAACAGAGGACCACGCACAAAUGAAGAACAGAGGAAGAAGAGUGAGUCCAAUGUGAUGUUACAAGCAAUGGGAAGCCACAAUCCCUGACCUCCUC